AUGGUAUUUAAUAAGCUAUUCAAAGAGGACAACCGUAACGCACUGGUAGUGCUGUCACUGUUUGUAUUCGUAUUAUCCAUAUAUUUGAUGCCUAUUUGGCCAUCACUUGACUUGUUUUAUCACAACGAAGACAUCGACAGAGACACUGCUCAAAUCAUAGAGUCCCGGGGCUUCAAAGCGGAAAACCAUCGCAUAACUACCGGCGACGGCUAUAUUCUGACAGUUACCCGGAUUAUUAACCCUCACGUCACUGACCGCUCGAAACUACGGCCAAUACUAUUACAACACGGCUACCAAUGCAAUGCCAACCUAUGGAUCAUCAACUCUAUGGGUGAGCUCACCGACGAUGGCAAGUGGGUCGAGGAUAACAAUGACGGCCCGGCUCAAAUCAUAGAGUCCCGGGGCUUCAAAGCGGAAAACCAUCGCAUAACUACCGGCGACGGCUAUAUACUGACAGUUACCCGGAUUAUUAACCCUCACGUCACCGACCGCUCAAAACUACGGCCAAUACUAUUACAACACGGCUACCAAUGCAAUGCCAACCUAUGGAUCAUCAACUCUAUGGGUGAGCUCACCGACGAUGGCAAGUGGGUCGAGGAUAACAAUGACGGCCCGGUAGGCAAUACCCUGGGCUUUGUAUUAGCGGUCAAUGGCUAUGACGUCUGGUUAGCUAAUAUGAGGGGAAAUAUGUAUUCAUUACAUCAUACGAGAUAUAGGAGUUAUGAUCCAAUUUUCUGGAGGUUUUCCAUCGAUGAGAUGAUUGAUUAUGACUUACCGGCGAUGAUAUCAUACAUACAAAAGGAGACCCAAAAAGAGCAACUAUCAUACAUAGGCCACUCCCAGGGUACUAUAAUGAUGUUCGGACUAUUAGCCAGUCAACCCCACUACUCCAAUAUAAUCAAGCCAUUUAUAGCCAUGUCACCAGUGCCAUUUAUGGGCAACUCUACCUCACCACUAGUACAAUAUGGGAGUUAUAUAUUGUCAUUUCUCAGGACUACUGAGACCCCGUUCCUAUUACUUGGAAGGGCGCAGAAACAUAUCGCACAUUUAUGUGACACCAGCUACAUAGCCAGGGUCAUUUGUUACCGGGUCAUGUAUUCGUGUUUGGGCUAUCAGGAGGAACAAUUUAAUUUCACGCGGACUGGCGUAUACGUGGCAAACUUGCCCGCGGGCUCCAGUAGUUGGAACGCCGCCCACCUCUUGCAGAUGGUCUACUCAAAUCGCCCGCAACGCUAUGAUUACGGCAAUAACGAGACAAAUACUAUGAAAUACCAGUCCCACGAACCACCCGUAUAUGACAUGUCUGCCAUCAACUCCACUAAUAUUGCACUCAUUUAUUCGGCUAAUGAUUGGUUGAAUCCCGUUCCGGACGUCGAGUAUCUUAAAUCACAUUUAAAUGUGAAAUUACUGGACGACUAUGAGGUGCCGGACCCCACAUGGAAUCACAUGGAGUUAUUAUGGGCAUUGGAGACUGGUCAGUUUGUGAACCCACGUAUACCAGAUAUUUUUACCAAAAAGUACAUCGACGUAGAAUAA